CAAGCGACAAGCAUCUAGAGAGACCUGUGUGUGUAAAAUCUGGCUUCAAUAGCACACAGUCAGAGCAGUGGCAGCCGAUUCGCAAACAGGCUCCCGUGAGAUGGUGUCGUUCAUGAACGCUGACUGCGGCUCCGAGACGGUUUACAAACGGAGACGCACCAACUGCGCGUCCCCUCCAGCAGAAGCGCUCACACCGGUCCAGCAGCGGCACACAGCCCGGCAUAGGAAACAGAAACUCAUGUUCAAGUUGAGUGACUCCGGUUUCGAGGAGGACUUGGGAUCCUCCCCGGUUCCACCCCCGGCUCGGACAGUUCUGUCUCCGCUCCGAUUAGACGAACCAGAGACUCCUGCAGGACAGCAGCUGUCCAACUGGUACCUGCAGUACGGUGACAUCGGUUACAGGAUCCAGAGGGAAAAAGAGGGGCAGUUUCAUCUCUGCAAGAGCCUGGCACGACAGCCACAAUUGACUGCAGAGGCACGCUGCAAGCUCGUCAGCUGGCUCAUCCCUGUGCACAAACAUUUCAGUCUGUCCUUCGAGUGCUGCUGCCUGGCAGUGAACAUCAUGGACAGGUUCCUGGCAUCCACACCGGUGGCCGCCGACUGCUUCCAGCUGCUGGGUGUCACUGCGCUUCUCCUCGCCAGCAAACACGUGGAGGUGUGCUCACCGAGGAUCAGCCACCUCUUGUCGUUGUGCUGCGAUGCCUUCACUAAGGAGCAGCUCUGCAACCUAGAGUGUCUCAUCCUCCUCCGUCUCAACUUCCGCCUCGCUGCUCCCACCCUGGCCUUUUUCCUGGACUAUUACAUCAAGUGCAUUGAGGCUGCCAAGCUUGUGCCUAGGAAUGCAGGUGAUGACAGACCUGCAAGGGUGAAUCCAGACACAAAGAGGCCCGGGCAAUGCAGCAACCUUGCACGAAAGGUGUGUGAAUUGAGUCUAGCAGACUAUGCUUUCAACAAGUAUCCACCAUCUCUGACUGCCAGCUGUGCACUGAGGCUCGCGAGUGAGUUACAGAAAACUGAACAGGGGCUUGUGGAGCCAACAAAGCAUGCAUCCCUCCAGUCACAGGACGAUCAGUGGGACAGUUUUAUGGAUGAACUAUGUGAAAGCAAUCAUUUGCUGGCAGACAGUGCUGAGCUGCCAGAGGGCUGCUCACUGGCAGUGAAGAGCUAUAACACCAAUCUGGCCCAGGAGUGCAAAGACAACCUGAAGCUGCUGGUGUCACUUAACCAGGAGACAUUGGAGGUGAUGUCAAACAUGUGACUACAUGUGUUUCAGGUCUUAGCAAAAUGCCAAAUUCAAUUCCCCUCUGGUUUUGGAAAUGUAUUCUGUUAUUUAACACAAACCUAAAAGUGUGAAUGAAUGUCUUAUUUUCAAUGUUUUACUGUAAGAUGAAGGUGAUAUUGAUGGCAUACAACCAGUCCUUAUGUAUACCUCAUAGACUCAGCCACACUUGUUUUAUAUUUUUCUACAGCAGGUUAUUGUUUAUCAAUGAAGUAUAUUAAUAUAUUCCUCUUGUUUGAAUUAUUAUAAAGAAAAGUCAUUAUUUACUGUAUAUGCACUGAUUUUCUGCAGGUUUAUGAGUUAUGUUACUGUUGCAAUCUCUUUUAUGAAGG